GGUUCCGUCGGGCUCCGCGAUUUUCCAGGAAAAACAAGGUAUUUCCCAUUUGGCAUCUUUAAAUUUUAGCAGGGGUUAUUUUUAAACGUGCAGGGACUUGAUUCGGCGCAAAAACCGGGCGGGGAAGGGCCUUAUUUUCGUUUUUUGAGCGCAUCCUUGUUCGGCCGGCCGCCAGACACACAAUGGCCAGGGCUCAUACCCCCUGAGCCUGAGCCUGGCCAUGCCGAGCUCGCGCAAGGGCAAGACCGCGUCGCCGCCCCGCUCCCCCCCGCGGCCGUCGGCCGCCGGGGAGUCGCCCCGCUCGCGGGGCUCUGAUUUCUCAGAGGACGGCGACGCGGUCCUCGCGCGUUUCAGUGAGCUGGUCGACCAGCUCUCGACCACCGAGGGCGUGACCCGGCUACCGGCGGGUGAUGGCGAGGCGGAGGAGGCCCUCUCGUCCGUGUCGGAGGGCACGGCCGUGGCGGCGGCGGUUCCCGGCGACCCCGGUUCUACGGCGCGGGUCCGGCUGCGCACGAUCGUGGAGGAGGUCGUUACAUUCUGCAACCUCCCGGCCAACCGCGUACCCACGGAGGCGCGUUCCUUUUUCUUGACGCGGCUAUUCGAGAUGGCCGGCAUCUGUGCAGAACUCAAAACGGACCUGAAGGCGGAGAUGGCCGCGGAGCGCGGCGCGGCCCUCGAGUUGCGGGGCCAGCUGGUCGAGGCGCGUCGCGAGGCCGCCGAGUCGCAGCGGCGCCUGGCUGUCAUGGAGGCCGGCCUGGGCGUUCCUGCGACCAUGACGACUGGCCCGGGGCCCGCUGGUCGCGGUCCCGCCGCGUCUGCGGGUGCGGCGGCCGCGCUCUCGGGCGCUGGCGGCCCGGCAGGCGCGCCCGCGGGCCGCAUGGACUACGCGGCCGCGUUGCGGGCGGGCCUGGCGCCUGCUGUCGGCGCGGCCAGCGCCGGACCCGGUGGUGCUGUGGCGGCGGGCGCCGAGGUGGCGGGGCCCGUCGCGCAGCACAAGCACGUCGCGUUCCUGACACCCGUGGCGACGACCCAGACGCCGGCUCGCGACGUGCUCCGGCUCCUCAAGACCAACGUGGACCCGACGGCCAAGGACAUACGAGACGUCACCCUACGUCAAACGAGGUACAGAAGCACCGACGUUUCUCUGGCGCAAGCACUGUAGAACUGCCGAUGAACUCCAGCUCCACAAAAGCACAACCUUCAACAGUCUUCCAAACACUACAAUUCGAAGCCCCAGUACCAGACUUUUCACGAGAGCGCGGGCCGGCAGCUCGGCAGAACAAAGGCAGCUCGGACGGGAGCUGUACUAGGGCACUCACUGACGACACUGGUGGAUCGCUCGAAACACACGGCGAACUAAUGGCGUUACACGAGUCCGGAGGGUUUGGGAUGGUCACUGCACACAACAAGGAGCACGUUUUGUCUAGGCACUUCUAAAAUUUAACUCAAAUACCACCUUACUGCAGGGAGCACUCACGACAACCAACGUGGUGUGUCGACCAAACAAAUACUACAGUAGCGCCACUCUGCGGUUUUUUAGAAAAAUGUAUCUUAAAUGAAAAAAUUGUGUGUUUUUUCCUAAUAACAUUUGAUAGAGUCU